AUGGACUAUAAUAGGAUGAACUCCUUCUUAGAUUACCCACUCUGUAAUCGGGUAUCCAGCGCUUACAGCAGCGCCCAUAGCGCCCCGGCCUCUUUCCCCCCCAGCUCGGCUCCAGCCAUUGACAGCUACCCAGGAGAAGGUCGCUAUGGUGGGGGGCUGCCCAGCCCAGCGCUCCAGCAGACCUCGGGCUAUCCCGCCCAGCAGCAGCCUUCAACUCUGGGGGUACCAUUUGCCAGCUCUGCACCCUCGGGGUACGCCCCAGCCGCCUGCAGCCCCAGCUACGGGCCUUCUCAGUAUUACUCUCUGGGUUCACCAGAAGGUGAAGGAAGCUAUUUUCAACCAUCCAGCUACGGGGCCCAACUAGGGAGUUUGCCGGAUGGCUACGGAGUGAGUGGGCCUGGCCCGGGGCCCUACCCUCCACCGCAGCCCUCCUACGGGACUGAACAGAGCGCGGGCUUUGCACCAGCCUAUGCAGAUCUCCUCUCAGAGGACAAGGACUCUUCGUGCCCUUCAGACUCCAGCACGCCCACGGCCCGGACCUUCGAUUGGAUGAAGGUUAAGAGGAACCCACCCAAGACAGCGAAGGUGUCGGAGCUGGGACUGGGCGCUCCAGGUGGCCUCCGCACCAACUUCACCACCAGGCAACUGACCGAGCUGGAGAAGGAGUUCCAUUUCAACAAGUACCUGAGCAGGGCCCGAAGGGUGGAGAUCGCCGCCACCUUGGAACUCAAUGAAACGCAGGUCAAGAUUUGGUUCCAGAACCGACGCAUGAAGCAGAAGAAGCGAGAGCGAGAAGGAGGCCGGGGACCCCUCCUUCCACCAGGUUGCUGCAAGGAGGCUGUGGGAGAGGCCUCCGACCAGUCCACAUGUACCUCCCCCGAAGCCUCGCCCAACUCCAUCACCUCCUAA